AUGUUUAACGUGUUGAACUCUAAAAGGAAUAUAAUAAAUGAUUAUGAUAAUUUUGAAAAUUUUGAAGCAUUGAUUAUUGGAGAAUCUGAUUUAUUUUACAAAACAACAUUUAAGAGAUAUGACAAACACGUAAUUCUAAAACCAUUAAUAGUAUCUCAACGAUUUGCUUUAAAAGAUUUUAUUGACGAAUUUAAUAGAUACAAAAAUGUAAAAUUACAUGAUAAUAUUUUACAAAUUUUUGGAUUAACCAUGCCAGAUCAAUUUAAUAUUACUACCAACACAACACAAAUUGUUGGUAGAUUAAACCAAUAUUUUAAG